GGAAGUUAAAACCACAGGAGGAGCUGAGAGUAUUUAAAGAAAGAGUUGAGAGCAAAUAAUGAAGAGAAAGAGAAAAUGUCUGAGUGUCAUCGGUGUCUGCUGGGACUGAUCGCUCUCUCUUCACUUCUCACAGGUGUCAGUGGAGAGGAUGAUGUUCAUGUGUUCAUCAGUUCUGGUGAAGAUGUCCGUCUGCCCUGUAAUAAUGCUCUUCAUAAUGCUCUUCAGGACUGCACAUCAACUACAUGGCUUUAUAACGGAUUCAAUCAUUCAGCAGCAGUUGAACUGAUUGGUUUAGGGAUAAAGAGGAAAGACACAGAGAGACAUGAGAGACUGAGUCUGGAGUCUGACUGCUCUCUGAACAUCAGGAACAUCUCAACAGAAGAUUAUGGAUCUUACACCUGCCAACAAUGGACUGGUGUGAACAGAGAAAAACACCAAGGACCUAAUGCUCGUGUUUAUCUGCAUGUUCUUCAUGUCUCAUCCUCACAGACUCAGAUCAGUUCAGAUCUCUCUGUGUCUCUCUCCUGUCAGCUGUAUUCAUAUCCUCGACUCUCUUGUGAUGAUUCGGGUCGUUCUGAGAGGAUUCAUCUGUUCUGGGUGAAUCAGGCUGGUGUUAAACUGAAUAUAUCAGACUCCAGAUAUCAGAUAUCAUCCUCAUCAGAUCCCUGUAUCAUCUCUCUGAAUAUAACACUCCUGAAUGAAGAUCCCAACAGAGAGUGGAGAUGUGAAGUUACUCACAGAGAUCAAGUCAAGACCUCAGUCACACACACUGUCAAGAGUUCAGAUCAAGCUCAAACGACGACACCAGUCCCAAACUCUCAGGAUCCCUCAACUACAAACACACCAGAAACUUCUACAGGUACAUGAUGCUGCUGCUCUUCAGCCAUUGAGGAUGUUACUGG